AUGUUAGGCCCUCCUCAGAAAACAUCAUCCAAAGUGCCUGCUGCACGACUGGCGGGCAAUAAAGCCCCAUCCAAAGCACCCAUUGCAAAGCCAAAGGCGUCUAAAAAUACAUCCGCCACCUCCGCCGCGAAACAAACGACGCAGCCCCAUAGUUUACCUAAAAAGACGAAGUUGUCGCCCCAUUCAGCGUCAUCGACACGAAAGAAAGAGGAGGAGUCGUCUUGCCCUGUUUCCUCUGCUGAGAAGACAAGAACGAGCAUCCCAACGCGUGUAGGUACCACGCCCUCGGAAACAUCCUCGGAUGAAUUCUUGCACGUAGCUCUGUGUAAUAACUCACUUACUCCUAUUGGAACACCGCGAGAGAUAUGUCAGAUGUUUGAGAGCAACACAGAUGGCCAGCGGAAGACGAGCUUCACGCGUGAAGAAGAUACUGCGGCGGACAUCGUGCACACAGGGGAGAAUCAUUCACCACCGUUAUGGCCACUCACCCCAACUCCAUCCACCACCGACGCAAAAGAACCACGGCAACAUCCCAUAGGAAUGGCCACGCACAAUAGUAACUUUACGGAAGAGGAAAGUAUCCUUCAACAACCGGUUAAGGUCGAAGAAAGCAUCGGACAACCUUCUGCGGAAGUAGCAAGACUUCGAAGUCCGUUGACAGCGGAGGAAAACCCAAUGUUUUUUCACCGCCCGGCACUGAUGGAACGUGAAAUAGAGACGCUCAAACAAAAACUUCACCGAGAGCAAAGAUCUGCAGAACACCAUCGCCACGCCCACAUGGAGACCUUAAUAGAGCUCGGUAAGCUAAAAGAAACGAUGAACCAAUACGGAGAUUAUGUCUCCCUAAUCAAGCGCAACGCGGAGCUGGAAGCCCAGAUACGUGAAAUGGCGGAGGAAAGAGUGGAGCAAGGCCUUGCUAUAGCAGAGCUGCGGGAGGAGGUGGCCUCGAGGAAAACGCGGAACGGCAGUUCCUCCUGCGACUCUGAAUGCAUGACGGUACGUCUGGCGAGUCUUUGUGGUCUUUGUCGUGAGAAGCUGGGGGGCGAGGCGAAGCGUCGCGUUGUGCGCGAUCGUCUGGCACAGCUAGCGGUGCUGAAGCCCUUAGGCGCAGUUCCACUGUCCCUUGCGGACUCCUGCCACCCUGAGGUGACGGGACGACUGCAGAAUCCACGCGAGAGGGAUCCGGCAACGCCACUCAUGUUGCAGCCAGCUGCAGUAGACUCCUCAGGACGUGGUGUGGGGGCUGAGGUGCAGCCGCGGCAGUGCAGCAAAAUGGGCGUCAGCGACCCCUCCGCGGUGCCCCAAAGGCCCGGUGGCGCAGCCAGUAAGUGGAGAGAGCUCACUGCAACUGACGGAAGGGUGUUGUACUACAACAUCGUCACCAACACAGCCACAGCAGUGCGUCCAGCAGAGGUGGUCUGCGAGCAGAAGCAAUGCAGGGAAAGCAGGCCUCUCUCGCAGGGCCCAAAGUGA